CUUCGUAGCUUUUAGUUGACGUCUGUAGUUUCUAUGCCACAAGCUGACCCACGUGUGGUGUGGUUGUGUUUUUUUUAAGGAAUGCGUUAAUGUAAAGCUGUUAUGGGUAAAAGUAAAAAUAAUAAAAUUCAGAUGUCGAAGGAACAAGGGGAGAAAGGAAGAAAAUCUGCCAGCAAAACGAAACUUAAAAGAGAUGAUAAGAUAAAGAAACCCGGAGAAGAGGAUCAUCUGAAACACAUUCCCUUCAGGCUUCGGGAGAUAAUGAAGAGCAAAGAGAGAAUGAAAGCUGGAAGUCGGACGUCUAAAAAAAUAAAAAAGGCAACUGCCUCCAACAGUGAGCCGAAGAAAUUCCAGGAUGGAGAUAUACCCGUCCCGCAUUUCAAGAGAAGAAAACGAGAAAGUGUGAAGGCGUAUCUUGGGCGCAUGGAGAACGAGACCAAACACGUUCUGUUCCUCACCAAUAACCAGGUGGACAGAAGACCUGAGCUGGACAUCGACCAGCAAGAGAAGCCAGCAGACAAGGGCAAGUCUGACAAAAAGAAGGAGUAUGCUAGAAUGAGACGCAACAAACUGCAGCAAAAAAAGUUUGAAAAACUAGAAAGCAAAGUGGAAAAAGAAAUGUUUGUAGAAAAUGUUCCUUUUGGUGAAGUUGCAGUAGCCCCUCCGAUGCUAAACAUCAAACCCAGGAAAGCUCAGAACAAGUCUCAGGCACCAAAGGAGCUGCUUCUCAACUCUUUGCUUGGCCACACAGUCGCCUCCACAGCAAAGCCCUCGAUGGCGAGACAGAGACUCAUGGAGGAGGAGAGGCUGCGAGCGGUGGAGGCCUACCGGCAGCUGAAGAAGCAGAAACAGCAGCAGCUGGAGGCCAGAGCUGGCAGUGCGGGAAAGCUGGUGUCAUGAUCUGUCGUGUCACGUCAGAAGGACAUCUGUUUGCUCCUCUGGAAUCAGGAUCCGUUACUGCAACAGGCAGAUGUGCAGAAACCCGGCUCCCCAGCAAGCGGAUUUGAGGAGCCGGUAUGUCGACUGCAGGAGUUCCAUGAAGCAAUCCAAAUAUUUAAAUUUAGGAUUGACAAUGGAUUGAUUCCAGAUUGAUCUGAGUUUAAAUUAGACUAAAGUCUCGACUGGAAAACAGCCAUGCUGACCUUCAGAAACACCUUGGCCUUUUCAAGGUUUACUCUAAAGCCAUCAUUUGCAUUUAUAGCAGAUUCAUAUUUGCAUGUUUCUCCCAACAUAUUGGCAUUUCCCUUGACGAAAUACAUUUACCGCUCAUUUAAAUUGAUGAAUGAAUGGUCACUAGAUACCCGCCCUAUGCUUUUUCCAUGAAACAAGAAAAUAAUUCAAAUAAAUAAUUUUGUUUGUAAACUUUUUGCUCUUUUUUUUUUCCACAUAAAAAUGUGCUGUUAGGUUACGAGUUAUUCUGGAUUAUGUCAAAUCUUUUUGGCAGUUUGGUUCACUGGAUUAAAUCUUUAAAUGUUG